AUGGAGACGUUGCUGAGAAUAUGUUGUUGCCGCGGAGAAGAAGAUGAAAAUGAAGUUCCAUACCGUCCUCUAGAAAACGAUGUGCAACAAGUGAGAGCAGCGCCAGCAAGCCAGACGCUAACCGGACACGAUAAUGGGUGCGAGAGUUUAUCUUUUGUCCGUUUUUUCAACUCAAUAGAGAUUUUGAAAUUCAGUGGCGUCGAUUUCACGGACAGCGUGACUCCCCCAAUACCGAAAAAGACGAAAGCACAAGAAGAGCGCGACCUUCUGGAGAACAUUCUGGAGAUUGCUCAGAACGUAAUCUUCAUUUCUCGGCUCGAGAAAUCGUUGGCUCUCAGAAUAUUAUCGACAUCGGCCACUCGGAGUCCUCAAUGGCCGGUCGCGAAUUGGCCCUCCGCGAGAACGUCUUCGAAAAGUUGAUUCGCGGCCACGACAACGAACUUCGCUCUUCCACCCCCGCCUCUCCUCAUGCCUUUUAUGGCGAGAACGGUUUUUUCAAAAAAAAAUUUCAAAUCUUCAUUUAAUAUUGGAAAUUUUGUAAGACUGAACUCACUUUUUUUUUUAACUUUUUGAAGAUGACGUGACAAUUAGCUCUUGAUAUAAAUAUCUAUUAAAUUAUCACGCUGGAUUUUUCACAUAGCACCUUUAGUGACUGAAAAAAUAUCUUUUUUGUGAUGUUUACGUUAUUUUUUUUUUUGGAUUUUUGACAAACUAUCGACUUCUCUUUCCAUUUUCUCAGAAAGUUGACCUUAUGAAAUCUAUCGAAGUAGAAGAAAUGGUUGAAUGUACUUUAAUAGGCUUUUUGUAUGGAGGUUAAUUUUGAUCCUCUUAAUGGUUGGAGAAAAGAUACAUGAAGGAUUCUUAACAAGCUUUUUUCCAAAAUACUGAUUUUCGAUGUUUUUCAGGCAACUUCCACAUGAAGAUCCCCGACAUAACGCUGCCUCGGGAUAUUUCUGUGGUGGUGAACACGGAAAAAGUGCACUACUAUCUGGGACCGACUGGCAAGAAAUUGGAAUUGCCGCCAGAGUUUCAACCCGCUCACUACCGAUUCGUGCAGGCUCCUCCUGUGGAAUUUCUUCAGGGCGUUCGUUUUUUUCUUUCAUAUUUCUUCAUGCGGGGCGUGUAUGUGUGAUUUUUUAAAGUUAAAGUUUGUGAGAGAGGAACAUUUUAUUUAUUUGAUUUUACAGUUGAUCACGGGCGCCCGCGAGCUCCAUGACGCCUUAUCCAACAUUGCAGUUGAACACAGGACGGAACUCGUCGUAUAUAUGGAUUUAUGA